UACGCUGACUCCCGGUCGUCUUACUCCCCUCGCCCCUUUUCGGCUCCGCUCUGUGCCAUCAAGCUCGCGUCCCGAGCCCUCCACGAGCUCACGCCCAUGUCGCCCGCUUCCCCUUCUCUCCCAUCCUCAGAUCAAAUCGCGUCAGAUUCGCGGCUCAAAUGGCGCAAGCGGAAGCGGAAGCGCGACGCCAACCCCAGGCGGCAGAAUAUGCGGGACGAUGAGGAUGACGACGACGAGGACGCGGCCGCUGCCGCGGAGGAGGUGGAGGAUGACGGCCGUGAUUCCCCCGCAAUCCUGGCCGCCGCUGACCCCGUCCUCGACCUCCGUGAGUCCGAGGUACUUUCCGGCGGUGGCCACCGGGUCUCCGACUUCCCCUCCGCCGUCCGCCGCUCCGUAAAUCGCCCCCACUCUUCCGUCCUCGCCCUCGUCGCUGCCGAGCGCUCCAACGCUGCCCGCUCGUGGGCUCCGCCUUGUUUGGAGAACAUCUCUCACGGCCAGUUGCAGGUCCUCUCGGUGGUGCUCCCCGAUAACCCUUCGCUGCAGCAGCAGCCGGACCUUGAUAAUUCUUCGUCUUAUGUCUGCACCCCUCCGCCUCUCAUGGAAGGGAAGGGAGUAGUGAAGCGGUUCGGCAAGGAGCAGCUCCUCCUCGUUCCAGUGCACUCCGACUGGUUUUCAGCCAGCACUGUGAACCGCUUGGAGAGGCAAGUGGUGCCGCACUUUGUUACCGGAACGUCCGGCGAUCACACCCCAGAGAGGUACAUAGGCCUUCGAAACAAGAUAAUUUCCAAGUACCUGGAAAAUUCGGGAAAGAGGCUAUCUUUUGCUGAUUGCCAAGCAUUGGUUCCGAACAAUGAACUUUAUGAUCUUAGUCGGAUCGUGAGGUUUCUGGACCAUUGGGGAAUUAUUAAUUAUCUUGCGGCUUCUUCAGUUCAUCGUGGGCUGAGGAUGGCUGGGUCACUUGUUAGGGAGGAAGCAAGUGGGGAGCUACAGCUUCAGACAUCACCAUUGAGAUCAAUAGACAGUUUGAUGCUGUUUGACAGACCAAAAUGUAGCCUAAGGCUAGAGGAUGUUGCUUUCCUUUCUCAUUCUGCAUCAACAGAUUCUGAUGCUGGUAUUGUGGAUUUGGAUGGUAGAAUUAGGGAACGGUUUGCUGAACACUCCUGCAACUUCUGCUCUUGCCCCCUGACCAGUUUGCACUAUCAAUCACAGAAGGAGGUGGAUAUCAUGCUUUGUGCAGACUGCUUUCAUGAUGCAAAAUUUGUCACUGGUCAUUCAAGCCUAGACUUCACAAGAAUGGAUUCGAAAAAGGAUAAUUCAGAUAUCGACGGGGAUAGCUGGACAGAUCAGGAAACAUUGCUGUUACUUGAGGCUUUAGAAAAAUAUAAUGACAACUGGAAUGAAAUUGCAGAAUAUGUAGGCACCAAGUCAAAGGCACAAUGUAUUUGCCAUUUCCUUCGCCUUCCAACAGAAGAUGGUCUAUUGGAAAAUGUUGAACUUCCACAUAUGCCGACCAUAUCUGAUUCCUCGAUCAGACAUGAUCCUGGGCUUUCAAAUUCAAAUUCUAAUGGUAAUGUUGAAGGAUUAAGCAAUGGAGAUUUCACUACCACUAACCAGCUUCCUUUUGCAAAUUCUGCUAAUCCAGUUAUGUCCUUGGUUGCCUUUUUAACCUCUGCAAUUGGACCAAGAGUUGCAGCAGCCUGUGCAAGUGCAGCACUAUCUGUCUUGACUAGAGAGGAUUGCAGAUCUGAUGGCUCGCAUACUGAAGUUGGUAUUCAUAGACCACAUGCAAACUUGGGCCAUCAGAAAGAUGGAACCGAUGGUCAAGUGCGACAUGCUAAAAAUGGUGCUACUUCUCCUGCUCCUGACCUUGUGAAAUAUGCUGCCAUGUAUGGUCUAUCCGCAGCUGCAGUGAAAGCAAAACUAUUUGCAGAUCAAGAGGAGCGUGAAAUCCAGAGGUUGGCUGCUACUAUCAUAAAUCACCAGCUGAAGAGGUUGGAGCUGAAGCUGAAACAGUUUGCAGAAGUGGAAACCUUACUGCUCAAGGAAUGUGAACAGGCUGAGAGGAUGAGACAAAGGCUUUCGGCUGAACGGGUCCGUAUGAUGUCCACCCGUAUUGGAUCGACCACAAAUAAUAUACCAUCAUCGGCAGGAGCGACAACCACAGCACCAGCUGCUGUAAAUGCAAAUUCCGGACAGCCAGCCUUGUCACCCUUGGUCGGACAGGUGAAUAUGCCACAAGCUGCGUACGACAACAAUCUCCCGGGCCAUCAUCAGAUGCCACUCGUGCAACGGCAGCAAAUGUUUGCAUUUGGUCCCCGGUUACCUCUCUCUGCAAUCCACCCUGCUCCAGGCUCCUCUCAAAAUGUUGUGUUCAAUUCUGGGAUAGCAAAUAGUUCUGCUACUAACCCUCAUCCAUCACUAAGAUCCUCAUCAGGCAACAAUCAAACAUAGAUCGAAGAAGCUGUUUCGUUGAUUAUAUAGAUCCUUGUACGUUGUUAGCAUAGUCUAACAAAAUUCGCAAGUCAUAGCUUUGAUCUUGUUAUCUGCCGGCCAGCUGACAGCCGCUCAUUAUCUGUUUCAUGGCUGAAUUGCCUGACCUCAGGGUUCGCCAUUGCCCAUUUCUUUUGGUACUCCACCACAUUGAGCUUCCUGUUGCAAAAUGAGAUCUUUGUUUAUUCUUGGUUCUUCAACAACAAGAUGAAUCACC